CGCAAUCAUCUAAAGAAUGUCCUAUUUGUGAAGUUAUACAUGAAAAAAAUCAAUUAUACAGGUUUCUUCUAAAAGACGGAUGUUUUAUACUCAAAUGUUUUCGGCAAAAACAAUAUAAACCAGCUCACAAGGGAUUAGUAUUUGGCGAAGUAACUAAUAAUCUACUAAGACCUAAAUGGGGAUUAAGUGAAAGAAUAGUCAAUAUCAUAAAGCAUCCACGUCCACUUGUAGAUUUAUCUGGGAAAAAUAUUAAUGUUAAAGAGAUGGAAGAUGCACCAGAAGCUUAUCCGGAUUUCUCGAGUGACGAACCCACUACAACCUUAAUUCGUUCACCCGUUGCUACAGGGAAAACAAAAACUUUAAGAGAGAUUCUUAAUUCUUUAGCCAAAAGCGAAGCGAAUUUACCUUGCUUUAACUGGAUUUCAUAUCGUAAAACUCUUAGCAAUGAGACUAAAGCUAAAGUUGAAAUAUUACAAAAUUCAGGACUUCGCGUGUGCCAUUAUCAGGAAAAUGGCGGUGAUUUAGCUAUACAUGACUGGGAUGUUAUCAUCGUCCAGGUCGAAAGUACACAUCGUCUUUCUCUUUAUGGAGGGCGUUCUUAUGUAGUUAUCUUAGAUGAAGCGAACGCUAUCAUGCGUCAAAUGUCCAGUGGGAUCCAUGCCCGAGAAUCAGAAAAUGCUAUGCGUGAUUUGUUGAAGUUUGCUGUUCACGUUGUGGCUAUGGAUGCUUUUGCGAAUGAAUCAACUUUAACCUUCUUAAGACAAUAUCGAGGUAGAGAUAUACGAAUUUUUGAUAACAAGUAUCAGACACGUAAAGAUGAAUCUGUAAAAAUUCUUUAUGACCCAGACAAAGGAUCAGAGGCUAUGCGUAAAGGUCUUUGGAUGCUUCAAGAAGGUAAGCGUGUUGUCUUUUCUAUGACUUCAUGCAAAAAGGCUCGAGCUUUGGCGCUUCAAACCUACAAGUUACGAAAACCAGAUGGUUCACCUAUCUUGACACGUGUUUAUUUUGGUCAAAUGGAUGGAAAACAACGUCAAGAGGAUUUUGCUGAUAUUAAUGCUACCUGGAGUGGUCUUGAUUGCGUAAUUUAUACAAACACUGUGGAAGCUGGUAUCUCCUUUGAAAUUCCUAAUCAUUUCGAUGCAAUAAUAGCAAUUAGUAAUAUCAAUACAGGAGUUCACGUUGAAGCUUUUGCACAAAUGCUUUACAGAGUUCGUGACUGUCCAUCGCGUAUAGUUUCUCUUUAUCAUAGCAAAAACCCUUCCGAGAUUUUUAAAGAACCAAAUCGUGAUCUUAUUCGUGCAGAACUUUCAGCUUUAAGACCCAGAGAUUUGCCAACUGUUAUAAAGGGGCGUCAUGAAUGGGAUAAAAUUGCCGAUUGUUAUACACUUGAUUCAUCCCCAACAGUAGAGACUUAUAUCGAGGUCGAAUAUCAGAGACGCUUAUCAGCCAAAUAUUUUCCCGAAAUUCUUUGCAGUCUUAUCGCCAGUACUGGAGCAUUUCUUGAUCUAGUUUCAGUAGAAAAUUCCAACUUGGCUAAGGCUGAUCGUGUAAAUGUAUCUAAUGAUAUUAAAGGAACUGCAAAAAAAAUCGAAGUUGCUGAAGCGGAAUUAAUAGCCAAUUCCACAGAUAUUGAUCCCAGUGAAGCUGAAUUGCUUAAGCAGAUUCCUACACGUUCUUUUACUGAUAAUAUGAUUCUACAACGGCAUUAUUUAUGGAAAAUUUAUGCUUCAGGUGACAUAGGAGGUAAGAAUGAUUCUCGAGAUUGGGGCAUGGAUAAUGCUGAUUGGGUUAAACUUUGUGAUAUAGAUUUUGUAAAAAUAUUCAACAAUUCCGAACCUUUACAACAUUUUAGAAGACUUGCCUAUUUCCGAAGACAAG